ACACGCACGCACAUACAUACGCAUACAUACAUACACAUACAUAGACACAAUGUAUGUACACAGGGCUAUACAUGUAAAGCGAUUCUAGUAUCUGUGUUCCUUCCUGUUUAUUAUAUCCAUUAUAUUCUAUUUCCUCGUUUGUUUAAGCAUUUAUUAACGUACGAAUAUCGCGUGCAUUGUACACUCUUAACGCUCUGUAUAUCUCUGGUAAAUUCCAACCUUGAUUUUCGUUCGGCGGGAAUGGUAGUGAACUUGACCGGGAACCAAUAAUUACCGCUUGUGAACCAGUGAUCCAGUGGGUGAAAGAGAAAGAAAAAACGAAAGAUAAAGAAAAAAAGAGAUAGAGAAAUUGGAAAAAGAAAAUAACAUGACGAAUGAAGGAAAAUUGUUAUAUUACGGUUAAUGUUUGUGUUUGUUUACCUGAAGAGGAGUGUUACAGUUUGUUUUCUCUCUAUUUGCAGCAUUAGAUAUUAUCAGAGUGUGAUAGAUUUUAUUUUUAGUUCAUGUAUAGUGAAUUUUAAAACAUAGAAUCUAGAAGAAGAAAAUAGAUUUUGUUUUUGAUUAAAAAAGAAAGAAAGAGUAGAUGUAUAUGUUCUUAAAUACUGGAAAGGAAGCUUAGAAGACAAGAAACGUUGAUCAAGAAACGUUUUGAAGAAUCGUCUUUGUUGCUCGUGAAGACGCGAGUUCACCCGCAGACAAGGAUGGCACACACGUAACUCAAGAAAAAGUUUAUCCUCUCCUUUAUUCCUUCCUCCUUCCUCCUUUUCCCCUUCCUCACUCUCCAGAAAUAUAUAUAUGAAAGGAAGGAAGUAGAAGGAGAGAAGGAAGGUUCAAAAAAAGGAAUAAAACAAAGGGAGAUUGACAAGAGAGAGGUGGAUAAGCAUACCUCUCCGGAUGAUGGACACAUUUGACGUUUGAUCCUGGCUUGGUGUAGUGCGAGACGGCAGGGUCAACUCCAGGACAAUGGUGGCGGCGGACAGCAGGCGGUGUGUGGGCGGGGGAAGCUGACGACGCCCAAGUAGUGGAAUAACAGCAACAGCAUCGGCGGCAGCGCCCGUAACAGCAGUAGCAGGUGUGGCAGCAGGACAAGUGACUGACGGCGCAGCAGUCAUGGAGUCAGUCAAGGUUGUGACGCCCCACAAACUGUCCGUCAUGGUCAGAAAUAGGGCGGACAAGGCCCUAAUCAUCGACAGCCGCACCUUUUGUGAGUUCAACACCUCGCACAUUCUCAACUCUAUCAACGUGUGGUCUUCAAAGAUAAGGAAAAAGAGGCUACAGCAAGAUUCCAUCUCAGUGCACGACUACCUACAGCAGGCGUGCCACGUCUCCGGCCUGCACGACGGUCUGGACAUCAUCGUGUACGACCAGAACGCCCCUUCGCUCUCAGCCGUUCCACAGGACUCGUUCCUUCACGUUCUUCUUAACAAACUGGGCCGCGCCUUCCCUUCCGUUUACCUCCUGGCUGGCGGGUUCCUAGAGUUCCAGGCGAGGUUCCCGGAGCUUUGUGAGGACUCGAGCAAGAAGUGCACGCCCCUCACCACCCAGUCUCAGCCGUGCCUCCCCGUCUCCAACGUAGGACCUACCCGCAUCCUGCCCUUUCUCUAUCUCGGAUCUCAACACGACGCUAACAACAAGCAACUCCUUUCUGACCACAACAUCCUGUACGAGCUGAAUGUAAGCGUGUCGUGUCCCAAGCCGGACUUCGUUCAGGAGUCCCACUUCAUGCGCAUCGCCGUCAACGACAACUUCAGCGAGAAACUUCUCCCUUACUUCAAUGAUGCUUUUAACUUCAUCGACAAGGUUCGUGAGUCUGGUGGCUGCGUGCUGGUCCACUGUUUAGCGGGGAUCUCACGCUCGGCCACGGUCGCUAUCGCUUAUGUUAUGAAGCAUCUCCGACUUCCCUUUGAUGAAGCUUAUAUGUACGUGAAGACGCGACGUCCGACCAUCUCCCCAAACAUCAACUUCGUGGGUCAGUUGGCCGAGCUGGACCGGCAGCUGCGGCGCGACGCGGGCCAGCGCGACCCGACCUCCGCGCCCAUCCUCUUCCGCAGCCACGAGUCGCACUCGUCGGGUUCGUCCACUGCCUCGAUCUCGUCCUCGGCGGCCUUCGCGUCGACCUACCUGGAGAGGCACGCGUGUUCAGGUCUACAAAACAACAUGCCCAAGUCGCUCAGUCUCAACCUCCGGUCGACCCUCGAAGCCGUGCCCGCUUCGCCGUCCUCCACACCUCACUCCCCGGACAUGUCGCCUUCCUCGGCGCUGGCUCGACUCAGCUUCGCCUCCGCCCUGGACGAGCUGCACGACGACGGGCUCCCCGCCACGCCCAAGUGCCCCUCGCCCGCCACGCCCAUCUCGUGUCUACCUCCUUCCUCCCCCACCACGGCGAUCGUCCGUGACUCCAAUAGUUCCCCGGUCUUCUCCUACAGAAAGACUUCUAGUUCUUCUUCACCCACGUCCCCUGCCUUCAGCUCCUUCUACAAGAGCAAGGAGGUGUCUAGUCGGACUAGUAGUGACUACAGAAGUGAGGCUAAGAUUACGUCUUUAAAAGAAAGCUUUACAUCUAGUGAUAGCAUUAAGAGUACAAGCGGGUCAACCAGCAAUUAUUACAGUAGUGCCACCUUUAAAGUUGGGGCGGCCGAGGCAGGGAGAGGGGUGGGAGGAGACGCGAGAGGGAGAGAGGAAAAGAAAGUGAGCAAUACUUCCUCCUCCUCCUCUUCGUCCUCUUCUCGGCGGUGUAGUGACGGCGAGGCGCGGCAGGUUUCUGUGUGUGUGAUUGAUGUGAAAAGAGAAAAGUCGCCCGUUAGCUUCGUCCGCAGAGAGCCGCUGGUUGUGCGUGAAACUCAGGUCAUUGCCACGCCAUGUCAUGUGAAACCCGAGGUCAGAUCUGUGCUGGAGGUGCAGCUCGAAGAUGGCCGGCAGAAGGAGGAACACAUCACGGUCAAGGAGGGAACGAGAAAGACAGCCGAGGAGAAAACCUCCAAAGACAAUAACAAAAAGAAUCAGGAAGACAAGAAAGAGGUGCGCGAGGAGUCGGUUUUAACCAUUGAGAACUGCCGGCCACAGAAGGAGGAGGCUCCCGCGCGGCCGAGGGAGGUCAUCGUCCCCAUACAGAUCGCCGGCGCCAGGGAAGGCCGGCCGCGGGUCCUGGAGCUGAGCGUCCCCUUCAGCAGCCAGAAGCAGCAGAAGGCGCAGCAGAGCCAGCCGCAGCCCGCCACCACCGCGUCCACCGCAUGCACUACCAAAGUACCUGGAAGUGGAGUCUGGUUACCCGAGAGCCCCAGAGAAGCAUCAAUCGCCGGUCCGCCCACGGCAGCCACGCCCAACUCGCCUCACUCGCCGGGCGUGCAGCAGAGUGACUCAGGAAUCAUCGUGGAAGAGGAGAGAGGCGAGAUCCCGCCCAGCCCCCAGCGCCUUCCGCGAUGCUACUCCUCCAGCGAAACGCACCUCAACACCCGCAGGUUGCUGGAGCAUCGCAACCCGGACUUCACCGCCAGGAAGUGCUCCAGCUACGACGAGGUGGGCAGGGCGUGGCCCCACAGCCAGCACCCUCAGCAGCACCAGCAGGGCGUGGGGCGCGAGAGCACAACCUGGCUGUGCCCCUGGGAGUUGGCGCGCAGUGACAGCGUCUCGACCAGCGGCUUCGGCUCGGAAAUCUCAGACACGGAUCUCCUGCACGACGACGCCCACUCCACCACGACCCAGGAGGACGCCCUCGGGCCCUACGACGCUGUCUUCGCCGACGUGUUCCCGGGGGAGCAGGUGCCGAAGCAGCAGCCCACGACGCCCAAGACCCCGCGGCCCGCGAGUCUCCCCGGGGUCACGGGGGCCUACUUCUCGCACUUUGAGUCGAACGCGGACCCCGGCUUGGACAUGGGAGUCGACAUGGGCCCAGGCAACGUCGAGCUCCGUCACAGCGGAAGAGGUCGAAUGGGAAUUGAAAAGAAGGACUCGGUAUACUCCUUCCUGACGGAGCACCCGCCGUCAGGGCGGCGUACCAUGGUAGUUUCAGUGAAAAAUCCUCUGCCUCCUAUCAUUACUCCUGAGUUUUUCCUUUUAAGUUUUGUUAGUAAUUUUUCCUCCAUUGUUAUAUCUUCGCUUCUGCCUUUUACCAAGUGGAAUCUUCCCUCAGCAGAUGUGCCCUGGCCAAAGGAACGUCCACGAGAUCUGCGGCUCCAGAUAACUACCCUUUCUGGACCCCACAUUCAUGACACCCCAAAGAUCACCACCACUAUCCCCCGGACGCACGCACCUACCCACACCUCGUCGGGGGACACCAGAACCUCUCCGGAGAAGCGCAUGACUCCCGAGAAGAGGAAAAGCCGGGGGAGCAGCACGGAAGAGAAUGAGGAGAAGCGCAGGAGCUGUGAGGUCGAGGCUCACCAGUGGACACCGCCUCGACAGACCAUCAACAUAGGCUCAGGCCUAUUGUCCCUGGAGCGUGGAAAAAGGGACCAGCCUCGAACAUUAAGUGAAGGAAACUCUACCUUGCCUGAGACAAAGCAAGAAGUAGGAGUUGGCACAGGUGUUCGGAUGGCACAGGAAAUACUUCGCGGUGUGGAACAGCUGCUGGACUCUGAGAUGGGUGAACUGAGAAGGCGAACAGCUGCAAUGUCCUCACGUUUGAGGUUUUUGGGUCGAAGUGACGCUUCCUCAGACUGCACAAGCAACAUUAGUAGCCCAAGUAGUACUUCCAGCAGUGGGAACAGUAGCAACAGUGGCAUGAGUGGUAGCAGUAGCGACAACAGCCCAAAGGUUCACACUACACACAUCAUUGUCACCACACUGGAAGAUGAUCAGCCGCAGGAGGAGAAGUCAGUGAGAGGUCUGAAGACAGGUCCCUUGCAUGGAGAAUCUGAUCACAUGCCAGGGACUCUAGGGACUGGACGAGCUCGAAGUGAACCUCCAUUUGCGGGUGAAGAAGGCCUUUAUCGUGCCCGGUCAUGCCCGGGACUGCCAAGACCCACAGGAACGUCAGAAGGCAAUGAAACGGUUGCCGCCUUAGUCUCAGAUUUACAGUUAGUGCGCCUCCGUGGCUCUCGUCCUCAGGCAUCAAGAGAAAAAUUCUUUAAUCGAUAUUCUUGCGGAGCUUUAGAUGCUCAGCAAACGACAUCUGCUUCAGCAUUUGAAUCCUGUCCAGACUUUGGCAACCUUCGUCCCUGUGUGCGUGAGGGUGACUCCAUCCAUUCCUCAUCCUCCUCCAUCUCUUCAACUCACUCUUCUUUCACGCGCCUCCUGCAAGUGUCAUGAGUCAUCCUCAAGAUAGCAAAGUUCAAGUGUAUAUUACUUAUAACGGGGUGUGAAAAUCUAGUGCAACAUGUCUUGGUGAGCAUGAAAGCCAUCAAGUUUAAUUUGUAGUUGUAAUUUAUGAAAAAAAAAGAGUUUUAAGCCAGUACAGAAUAGAACCUUCAGGUAAAAAUUAAGUACCAGAUGUGACUGAUACUUGGCAGCUUGUGCAUGGACCUUGGGUGUUGUUGAAGCAGAUAAGCAGAUAAUUACAUGUGUUAGUGGUGGCAAUGUUAUGCAGUAUAUGCCAUCCUUGUGACUAAACAUGACCCGUUCCUAAAUGUAAGACUUAAUAAGUGCCGCAGAUUAGGUUGAAUAUUACCUGAAAUAUACCACUUGGUGAACACUUUAGUUCAAGAUGCUGGCACACACGUGUAGAUUUUUCUCUGUAUAGUGGUGAGGGCCCCUACACACUAGUCGCAUGCGGAACUGGAGUAGAGAAGCAAGCUUGUAUGAUAAUGAGGAUAUGCAUAUUAUUUUAUUUUAAUAUUUUCAUAGAUAACCUGAUUUGUACAUUGAUAAAAAAAAUGUAGAGAUUAAAUGUUAUAUAAUCAAUAUUGAUGAUGCAUUCAAGGGUAUGUUUUGAAUAUUUUGUUCAAUUAUUCAUACUAAUAUAGCAUUACUACUAUGAAGAAUUGAUGUCAUACAGGUAAUUACACAGGUAACUUAAAAAUAAAGUGUAAGAGAGUACAGGUGACUUCUCUGGCUCUAACGUUGUGGUUUGCAAAUAUCCUCACUUGUUACUUAAUUGUCUACCAGUUUAUUGGGAGGGGCCCCAUGUGUUACAUGUAAAUACCUAGAAUAUAUUUGAAUCACUUUAAAUUAUUAAACUUCAUUGGACUUACCUUAUAGACUCAGGCAGCAAGCAGUACAUAUAAUGCUGAUGUUGUAUAUAGAUACCUAGAUUACUAAUUUUAACAGUAUGGUAAUCCACUAAGAUGACUUAGUUGACAAGACAUGACUGACUGGAGGUGGGAAUAAGACAAGAGAUUGGCCAUAAAAAGAAAAAAAAAUGCUAGUUUGCAUAGCACUAAGAUUUAUCAUACCUAUAGCAUAUCAAGAGAGCUUUGGCCUUAUAUUUUGAUUUCCCAGAGUCAGUAUAAGGAGUAAAAAACAGGUUAAUGAAUAUAUGUUCAUGUAUUAUUGUACAGGUACUAUCAGGAAGUGUAUUGAUAACUGAUUUUGGGGUUUUAAGAUAUAAGCACGUUUGCUUCUCUCCUGACCUUGAAGGUAUAUAUCUUUGAUGAAAAAUAGUUUCGUUAAAUUAUAUACUCUCUUAAAGAAAGGUUUAAAUUCAUUUCCUAAUUUGAUUAUGUAAAGUGUUUACUCAACAGCUUUUUUGUGAAUCUGAAGAUUAAAAAAGGUCUAACAUUUUUUAAUUUGGUUACCAUUACAUUUGUGAAAAGCAAUUGAAACUGGAAAUGUACUAAAGAAUAUUUUUGUGAUGGAAGAUGUGUUAAAUAGGAUAUGAUAUAAUCUUAUGUGCAUGUAUAAAAUUUACUGAACUACAAGCAUUAGGUCCACCACUUCCAAGGUAUAAAUUAAGGCCUGCAAAGAAAGCUUGUAAUUCUUGAUAGCAAAUACUAUUCAGUAUUUUUAUUAUUAUUAUUUAAAUCUAAGUUGUCAGUGACUGGCUAGAGUACUUACACAAGCCUUAAACUUAAAAGACCGUGAAAGUCAAAGACAAAAGGCAAGGAGACCGAUGACUAUUUCUUUACUUUGCUAAGCAUUUACCGUAGUCAGUUUCUCAAGUGUAACGUUUUAGUGUUUGUGCGUAUAACACGGGGAUUGGUUACCAUAUUGUAAUUUUAAGUUUGCAAGAGCAUUCUUCUUUUCUUUUUUUUCUUUUUUAUUUAUUUCCCAUUAACUUUGGACAAAAUUGUAAGAAAGUGGUUAAGUAUAUUUGUAUAUAUUUGUUAAUUAUGCAAGAAUAACACUGUUUGCUUUUCUUAAUAGGUGAAAUAAUUUGGCUGUGAGCUUCGGAAUAUUAUUUCUUGGAGUGAUAUUUCAGAUUUUUGGAAUUGGUAAAGCUGCACUUAUAUCAUUGUAUGUGAAUUCCUGAUUUUUGAUUUUUAUUUUCUUUGUGAUUGAGCCUAUGACUGUAUCAUGUAUAUCAAGUUCAACGUAUUGACUACUGGAGGUAUCAUUGCUUUAAGUUGCAGGAUGUUGCAGAAUAAGACAUUUAUGCUCUCAUGAUGCUGUUUGAUCCUUGUUUUGACUGCUGUGUGAUUGAUAUGUUCAGUUGGUACUUUCCUUUGGUUUCUGUUAUUUGUUAUCUUAUGUUUAAAAAAGAGGAUAUUGUGGAAGCAAUCAAAUCUGGAUCAAAGCAUAUUUUGAUAACCAAUUUGUAUGUCUCUUAACCAAAAUGAGGUUAGGAUUUCACCUUUUCCUUUUAUUAUAAGUAGAAAGACAUUGUGAAGGUAUUCUGUACUUACACAUAAAUCUAAUGCAAGGAAAUAUUCAAAAUGAGAAGGCUUUUUAUGUUAACUCAUUAUUCAUUUUUUCCUGUUUUUCUUUUUCUUUUAUCCUAUUCCAUCUUACCAUUUGUAAUUUGCAGACUAUAGAGGCUAUGCUUUCAAAGAUUUUUGGACAUUGGCAUUAAAGGUUAAUAGUGAGGCUUUAUUUUAGAUUUAAGUAUAGAAGGUGCCGAGUGAAGUUGAGCUGACGUUAUCACUGUUCAGAAAAGACGCUGUGGUAAAGGUGAAGAGGCUCUUUGAUUUCAUCUUUGCUUUCUUGCGAGGACAAGUUGUGAUUUUUUUAUCUGGGUUACGUGGGAGAGCAUAGCAAGUCCCUUUGAAAAGAUUGAAAAACUAAAGACUUAAAGCGGAAAAUGAUCUGCGGAUAUGCAUUGAGAAAGGUUUUCUCUUUUUUUUAUUUAAUUUUAAAAGUAAAGAUACAUUUUUGGUACUAAUAAAAAAAAAAGAUUGUUGAAGAUUUUGUAUACUUUACAGAUAAAAAAUCAAAGUGAAGGGAAUUGUUAAUGUUAAUCUUUGGAACAGCAGCUCUAAGCUUGGCAGUGACUUGAGUGUGUGUAUGUGUGUGUGUGUGUGUGUCUGUAUGUUCUGUGUAUGUGUAUGGCACAAUUCUAAGAUGGCUUACCAAUUAAAUGCCUUUACACUUUGAUUGUUAAACCAUACAAUUGCCCUCUUCUUAAAUUUAAAGAUAUUUUGUAUGUUAUCUGUAAUGUGUAAUUUUAAAUUCCACAAAAGUUUGUAAGAGGCAGAAAAGAAUGUACUUAAAAGGGGUAAGAUGAUUUCAUUACAAUGUUCUGUGUUAAUACACUUAGGGAUUUACUUUGGAAUGUGGUUAUGAUUUGGUGUUUGUCAUCCCAUAUUCAUUAAAAAGUUUGUGCUUUA